UUUCUGCAGCACCACACUGAUAAGAGCAGCGCUCCUGUAUCCAUCCUUUUCACAAUCUGCUGAUUCUCGCUCAUCUAUUUGAGAUCUGCCUCCAACAUGUAGCCACCCGCGUACUGAUAGCAGACCUCCAUCCAUGCCGUGUGUCUAAACAGCGACUUUUGCAUCGACCCAGCCGGCCGUGACACAAACAUCCCGUCCUGUGUUCUUUCACCAUGCUGCAGAUCGGAGAUGAGGUGGUGUAUUUCUCGGUGGUGUUUCUGCUGGUUGUACUGGUAACUAGAAGCGCCACUUGGGCCACCCUCCUCACCGCGUUUCUCUACAUCUUCAUGGUGAUGUUCCGCUUCCCUCCGGUGCCGGCGGACCGGGCCGCUCGAGUCCUGCGGCCCGGCGCUCUCUCCUCAGGAGGCGGCGUCCCGGUGGUGGCGCACCGCGGAGGAAGCCACGACGCUCCGGAGAACACCUUGGCAGCGAUCAGAGAGGCUAGUAGGAACGGGGCCACCGGAGUGGAACUGGACCUGAGUUUCACAGCCGACGGAGUCCCAGUCCUGAUGCACGAUGAGACCGUGGACCGAACCACCAAUGGGUCUGGACCAAUCAGCAAACUUCAGUUUGUUCAGCUCAGGAGACUCAAUGCUGCUGCUCACCACAGGAUGAAGGACAGAUUUAAUGUAGAGAAGGUUCCAACUCUGCAGGAAGCUGUGGAGGAAUGCAUCAGGCACCAGCUGACCAUCUUCUUUGAUGUCAAAGGUCAACCUGAUAUGGCUGUAUCAGUGCUUCAUAACAUGUUUAAGAAGUUCCCGGUGCUUUACAACUCCAGCGUCGUUUCCUCCUUUGAACCCAAAGUCAUCUACAAGAUGCGUCAGACUGACCCCCAUGUGAUCACAGCUCUCACCCACCGGCCCUGGAGACUGAGCCGUUUUGGAGACGGCACGCCUCGUUCUCUGUCGACGUGGAGCCAGUUGUGGACCGGUGUUCUGGACGUCUUGUUGGACUGGGCCCACCAUCGCGUACUGUGGAAACUUUGUGGGAUCUCUGCCAUUCUUGUGCAGAAAGACUUCAUCUCACGGGACUAUGUUCAGUAUUGGGCAGAGCGAGGAGUGGAGGUGGUGGGCUGGACUGUUAACACUGCUGUGGAGAAGGAGUACUACCAAAACCUGCUGAAGAUCAGCUACAUGACUGACAGUCUGCUGGAGGACUGUGAUCCUCAUUAUUGAGCGAUACCACACAGCCACACACACAGAAAUCUUCCAGACUUACAGGUUCUCAAUAUAACCAAAUUAGAUCUUAGAAACUCGUUGGUUUGACAAAGGGUAUAAUUAAGAAGUGCAAUCAUUCAUUUCUACUCUUGCGUACAAGUAAAUAAAAACCAUACCCGAUUUAAAGUGGUUAAUCUCCCCUUCAAGGCAGCCUCCUUAGGAAGUCCUCUUGCUCUUCCAUAAAUCUCCUCUGUGUCAAAAUGGUGACCCUUCAACUUGAAUUCCCUCAGAAAUCUCAGGACAUCACAGUACACCUCAGAGUGAACAGUGUCAGCCUGGGAUGGGAAAAGUCACAGCUCAAAACCUGCUCGGUGCUGCAAAAAUGAUGAGCGUGCAUGGUGUGUAGUGAAAUCAAAGAGGCACAAGAACGAGUGGUCACGACUGAAGUGCUGCAGCGCCUCUUGAGGAGCUGACUUUUAGGUGGAGAUCAGCCAGAUUCAUAACCAGUGCAGUUUAUUUUUAAAGAAUAGCAACACACGUCAUUUUUCCUUUUAAUAAUCCUAAAAGUCCUAUAUAAUAAAGUGAGAGUGUUGAUAAUACUGAAAGAUAAAUCAUAAAAUGGAAUAAAGUUUGGUGCUAGCUAAUUCUGUGAUGCCAACCAGUUCCACAGAAAUACACCGGUUUACAGUGCUGUGCAAAAGUCUUGAGCUUUAUAUAUCUUCGAGUAAUCUUCAGGAGUAGUUCCCAGGCUUCUAGAAGGACAUUCAAAGCUCUUCUUUGGAUGUUUCUGCCUUUUGUGUCAAGACGCUUCAGUAAAGUUGAGGCUCGAGCUCUGCAGAGGCCAAUCCAUGACCGAGAGUUUCCUAUUGUAUGUUAUCCAUGUUGUUUUUACUGCAUUGGGAGUGUGUUGGGGAUCAUUGUCAUGCUGUCCACAUCAUUCAGUCCAGUUCUUGUGUAGUUCAGCAUACCUCAGCCUUUUCUCCUCUUUUCCCUUCCUUACGAAUGGCUCCGUGACCACCGUCCUUUCACCGAGACCAUUUCUGAUGAGCGUUCAGUGAACAGCAGAUGGCUCAACUGAAGGUUCAGAUGCAUCUCUCAGGUUCUGUAUCAAACCUGAAUUUUCUUUCCUAUGUCUUAAGAAGAUGACUUUCACAUACUGUUCAUGUACUGUUCCUGCUCAUAUAUAUAUCUACAGAUGCUGUAGAUAUAUAUAUAUAUAUAUAGUUUUUAGAAACGACUACAUCUUCUUUUAUCCUGCACUUGUCCAGCUUCCUCAAAUGCUGUAAGGACUGGCUGCACACCAUGCUGGGAUUUUUCUGUUUUUGGCUGUUUGGGAAUCACCUUGUUGGUGCAAAAAUGCUAUUUUAUAUCUGCUAGAAACAAAGUGCCUAAACACACAAUUUCAAAUGGGUUCUUUGCAAAGUUGUCUGUUAUGUGUAGACACAUACACAUACAAUAGGAAUUAUUCAUAGGUCAGGUGUUAAGUCCCUUAACAAAAACAAACAAACAAACAAAC